AUGGAUCCGACCCACCUGAUGCUCAACAGGUCGAUCUUCAACCUCUACCCGAAUCUAGCAUCGAAGCUCACCGCUCAGCCGCUUCUUCCGGGAGCUCUUCCCUGGGCACAUGGUUUUCCGCAGAUUCCACAAACGACAGCAGUUCCAAAGAUACCAGCUCGAGAGCUGAAGCAAGAGCAUGAUUCUUGCGGAGGAUCGAGUGCGUCGAACGCAUCCGACACGAAUGGAUCCGGGGAUGAGGUUGACGUAGAUACCAUCGACGAUUCUGCCUCCGAAGUCACUCGCGUCUCCGCCAACAGCCUCAAAUUCUCCAUUGGCAACCUCCUCAAAGACGAAGCACCAAAAGCGCCAGCGAAAACGACUCAAUUUUGGUCCCCAGUGCAGCAAAUCCACGCCAAUUUCCCGUCGAUAUUUCAUCAUCAACGAGAAAAUUCCCCUCAUCCUCAUCAUCUUUCGUCCCCAAAUCACAAUCAGCAUCAACAUGGUCUUCCAGCUUGUUUUCAGAAAAUUAAACAAGAGGAAUCGACCCAAGUCCAGAGCGACCUAGCCAAUUAUUCCUGCGACUUGUGCGGCAAAACAUUCAAGCAUGUGAGGAUGCUCAAUCGUCAUCGUCGCAACCACUCGCCGUUCAAAAAAUACAAGUGCAACUUUUGCGGCAAAGGUUUCAACGAUUCCUUCGAUCUGAAACGCCACGUCCGAACUCAUACUGGAGUAAAGCCCUACAAGUGUACCGAAUGCGACAAGAGUUUCACGCAACGAUGUUCCUUGGAAAGCCACCAGGAUAAAAUUCAUGGCAUAAAGCCCAAACUCGCCUACAAACAACGAAGAGACAAGAUUUACGUUUGCGAAGAAUGUGGAUUUUCGACAGGAGAUGUUCGUGAGCACUACUCACACGCCCGCGAAUGCAGCCACAAACUCGAGCGAAAAAUGUCAGCAAGUUCCUCAUCAACCAGUUCGAUCGUCGACUCCCCCGUUUCUCUGCCGAUGAAACUAGCAUCAGCAUUUUGA